GUAUGAACUAGGAAACAGUACUUGGCUUCGUGUUGUGAAUGAUCGGCAUGAGUUUUUUUUCACCAUAACAACAACAGUGCGGCAGCGCAGAAGUUUUAUGACGCAUUUGUAGAUGCGAAAUAAACAUCACAAUCAGUCAGCAUGGCGGACCUGGAGCCGCAGGUUUGCGCCAUUUUGGAGAUAAUGGUGAACGCGGCGGUGUCAGAGAUGAACAAAGUUAUCGGCGCCUCGGAUCCUCCGCGUCCACAAGAGACAUCGUGUGUGGCCGAAGACACGCACGGGUCCCCGGAGGAUAAGGUACAGGAUAAGGUGAUCCAGUUGAGCGUCUUCAUGUCGUCUCUGGCUCAAGAAGCUGUGGAGAAGAUCUGCCAGCUCUUCCAUGAAUGUUCCUCUGUGCUGCGGCUAGAAGUGACGCAGGGUGUGGCAGAGAUCGAGGACCUGAAGAGGAGACUGGAGGUCGCGGAGACGGCGUUGAAGCUGGCGCUCGAGGGCAGCGGACGUCAGAAGGACGUGGAGGAGCUGACGGAGGGAGGCAGCGGGCAAAAGGAGGGGAGGGUGGACGUUGAGGUUGUUCAGCUUGAGCAACGCUCAGGGAGGAAGAGUCGCAGAAGUGUGGUUAGCAGGGACGCCGGAGUGAAGAGAUCGCCCAUAAUUCAUCUGUGGAAAGGCAGAACAUAUGAUGACAGCAUCCAGCCUGUUAUAAUAAAAGAAGAAGGGUUUGAGUGCUCAGCCGACCGGAUGUCGUCUGACUCUGGUCAGUACAGAGAUGAGUUUUGGCAGGAUGAGGACGACCCUGACUACCAGGCGGAACCAGACGAUCCAGAUGAUGCUGACCCAGGAUACACCACCAGAUCCAAGCGUGUUGCAAAGGGAAAGUCCCACCAAGCUCAAGCAAAGAAGGAGAGUCAGAAGGAGCAGCCUCUGAGCUGCAAACACUGCCGGAAAACCUUCACCAAGCUGCUGCAGCUCAAAGCCCACCAGGCCGUCCACGGGGCGAGCGCGGAAAAGCCCUUCCAGUGUUCUCAGUGUGGCCGAGGCUUUGCGUUCCAGCGAAGCCUCAGUGCUCACAUGUUACUGCACACAGGUGAGAGGCCACACACCUGUGAUGUUUGUGGGAAAGGUUUCACCCUGAAGCAGCUCCUGAGAAACCAUCAGCGUCUCCACGCUGACGUGCGGCCAUAUCGCUGCGAGCAGUGCGGUAAGAGCUUUUACCGGGCGCACGGCCUGAAGAUGCACCAGAUGGUCCACACUGGGGAGCGUGCCUAUAACUGCCAGUACUGCAACAAACGUUUCACAAUACAAGGAAACCUGCAGCGCCACCUGCGCAUACACACGGGCGAAAAGCCGUUCAGGUGCGAGACUUGCGGCAAAAGCUUCAACCAGGCCGACACUCUGAAAGGCCACCAGCGGAUUCACACCGGCGAGCGCCCCUUCAGCUGCGACACCUGCGGCAAGCGCUUCAUCCAGAAGAGCGCGCUGAAGAUGCACCAGAAGACCUCUCACGUGGACGAGAAGUCGCUCGCCUGCGUCGCGUGCGGCACCACGGUGGCCUGCGUCGACUCGCUGCGCAAACACCUCCAGAUGCACGCGGCGACUAUUCCGUGCACCUGCGUGCUCUGCGGCCAGCGGCUCAGCUCCAUCACCGAACUGCGCUCGCACCAGCAGCAUCACACGGUGGACCGGCCUCACAGCUGCGGGCUCUGCGGCAAGAGUUUCAAGUCGUCCAGUUACCUGAAGAUUCACCUGAAAACGCACAGCGGGGAGAAGCCGUUCUCCUGCGACAUCUGCGGUCGCAUGUUUACACAGCAAAGCAGCCUUAAGUCCCAUCAGGUGGUCCACACAGGAGAGAAACCUUUCAGCUGCGACACCUGCGGGAAAUGCUUUAGCAACACCGGCAACUUGAACCGACACCAGCGCAUCCACACGGGGGAGAAGCCGUUCAGCUGUGACACGUGUGGGCGGAGCUUCAACCAGGGCAACAGCCUGAAGGCGCACCAGCAGAUUCACACCGGGGAGAAGCAGUUCAUGUGCGACAAGUGCGGCAAGAGUUUCUCCUACCUGAGGAACCUGAAAGACCACAAGUGCUUCUAUGUCUGAAGCUAAUCUGUGAGGCGAUGUCAGCUCCUGUAAUCUGCAGUCAGGUUAGCUGGGACCGAGUUAACACUGAAAGCGAUUUUGGUGAUUGUAAAGCUGGCUUUCCCAGAUUUCUUCUGUCACUGCCAAGAAAGUGAUGCAGGUAGAUACGGCGUGGAAUUUGUAAUGGUGGAAAAACAAUGUGAAGAGUGUUACAGCAUCUGUCUGUGAGAAUAGCUGACAAAUUGCAUUUCCAACGUUAAAACUGAACGGACAGAGAGAGUUUUAGCUCCUGAUGUGAGUGCAUUUAUCACUGAACUAAGAAAAGCCUGGGUCAAAAUGAUCUUCAGCUUCUUGCCUUUUGUCAGCGUGAUGUAACUGAAAAGCCAAAAGCAGAUUUUUACCACCACAGUUGGUAUUAACGAGCCACAGAAACAGCUGAUCCUUAUUAAAGACGAGGCAUUUUGCAGCA